CUGAGUUUGUUUCUCUUUCAUAGGUAUCCACAUCGCAAGUACUCCUCCUCUGCAUCUAAUUUUUUGGGUCAGCAUCUUCAUCAUUUUUCCUCCACUUCAGUUCAGGAAACAUGGUGCUUGAAGUGGUUAAUGUGAGCGAAUUCCAACACUUAGCUAAACAAAUUCUUCCAAAAAUGCAUUAUGACUACUUUAGUGGAGGUGCAGAGGAUGAAAAUACAUUAAGAGAAAAUGUGGAAGCAUUCCGUAGAAUCACGUUUCGACCAAGAGUUCUUAUUGAUGUGAGUAAAAUAAAUCUAUCGACAAGCAUAUUGGGAUACAAUAUGUCAUCGCCAAUUAUGGUUGCUCCAACUGCAUUCCAUUGCUUAGCUCAUUCUGAAGGAGAAGUUGCAACAGCCAAAGCUGCAGCUGCAUCUAAUACAAUUAUGGUAUUAUCCUUUUCUUCAACUCGCACAAUAGAGGAAGUUGCUUCUAGCUGCAAUGGUAUUCGGUUCUACCAGUUAUACGUAUACAAAAGAAGAGAUGUUUCAGCUACACUAGUGCAGAGAGCUGAAAGAAACGGAUUCAAGGCUAUUGUUUUAACGGUAGACACUCCAAAACUUGGUCGAAGAUGGGCAGACAUAAAGAACAAGAUGGUUUCACCCCAAUUGAAGAACUUUGACGGUCUGUUGUCAACUGAAGUGGUUUCUGUGAAAAUGGGUGAAACCUUGAAGCUUUUGCCACUCAAACGCUUAGAUUCUUCUUUAAAUUGGAAUGACAUAGAAUGGUUGAAGUCUAUAACAAACUUACCGAUUCUUCUGAAAGGGGUGGUAACAGCUGAAGACGCUAUAAAAGCUGUAGAAGUAGGGGCCUCUGGUGUUAUUGUAUCAAACCAUGGAGCUCGUCAACUUGAUUUUGCUCCAGCCACUAUUUCCGUUCUCGAAGAGGUUGUCCAAGCUGUUGGAGGAAGAAUUCCUGUUCUCUUGGAUGGUGGGAUUCGACGUGGAACUGAUGUAUUCAAAGCUUUAGCCCUUGGAGCUCAAGCUGUUCUUAUUGGCAGGCCAGUGAUCUACGGGUUAGCAGCAAAGGGACAGCACGGGGUAACACGUGUCAUUGAGAUGCUGCGGGAUGAACUUGAGCUAACCAUGACCUUGUGUGGAUGCUGUUCUGUGAAGGAAAUAACUAGAAAUCAUGUACGCACAGAACGAGAGAAAUUGCGAUCGUUGCUCUAAAUACCUAAGAAACAGCUCAUUUGUAACGCGAUUCCAACACCUAAUAAAUUUCCAAAGAUAAGUAUUCGCACCUAAAACAGAUUGUCCACUUAAAUGAGAAAGUCAGACUCUUAAUU